UUAGUGGCAUUUCUGGGCUGUCGAGGGUGGGAAAGGUCUGAGUAGCCUACAGAAGUAUUGUACGUGUUUAAAGAAAUUGAAAACAGCUACCGUUUUCGUUCUUACUGGCCGAGUAACGUUUAAAUUUCAAAGCCAGAAGAUUCAAGUUUCCAAGAGGCACCGGAAGUGUAUAAUUUCGUUAUCAGCUGAAACUGGGCUGACUUUUCAAAGGAUAAUUCAAGUUUGAGGAGCAGCCCUCGGGAUGGCCCAGUGGAACCAGUUACAGCAGCUGGAGACCAGGUACCUGGAGCAGCUGUACCACCUCUACAGCGACAGCUUCCCCAUGGAGCUCAGGCAGUUCCUCGCCCCCUGGAUCGAGAGCCAGGACUGGGCUUACGCCGCAAACAAGGAGUCUCACGCCACCCUGGUGUUCCACAACCUCCUGGGCGAGAUCGACCAGCAGUACAGCCGCUUCCUGCAGGAGAACAACGUUCUCUACCAGCACAACCUGCGACGCAUCAAGCAGCACCUGCAGAGCAAGUACCUGGAGAAGCCCAUGGAGAUCGCGCGCAUCGUGGCCCGCUGCCUGUGGGAGGAACAGAGACUGCUCCAGACCGCUACCACGGCCGCUCAGGACGGCACGGCAGCCCACCCGUCUGGGAUAGUGGUGACUGAGAAGCAGCAGAUCCUGGAGCACAACCUGCAGGACAUCAGGAAGAGGGUGCAGGAUAUGGAGCAGAAGAUGAAGAUGCUGGAGAACCUGCAGGACGAUUUUGACUUCAAUUACAAGACCCUGAAGAGUCAAGGGGAGUUGUCCCAGGACCUGAAUGGGAACAGCCAGGCCGCAGCCACCAGGCAGAAGAUGGCUCAGCUGGAGCAGAUGCUCAGCGCCCUGGACCAGCUCCGGAGGCAAAUCGUGACAGAGAUGGGAGGGCUGCUGUCGGCCAUGGACUUUGUGCAGAAGAACCUGACGGACGAGGAGCUGGCCGACUGGAAGAGGAGGCAGCAGAUCGCCUGCAUCGGAGGACCACCUAACAUCUGCCUGGACCGCCUGGAGACAUGGAUCACAUCCCUGGCAGAGUCCCAGCUCCAGAUCCGCCAGCAGAUCAAGAAGCUGGAGGAGUUGCAGCAGAAGGUCUCCUACAAGGGGGACCCCAUCAUCCAGCACAGGCCCGUUCUGGAGGAGAAGAUUGUUGACCUGUUUAGGAACCUCAUGAAGAGUGCUUUUGUGGUGGAGAGACAGCCUUGUAUGCCCAUGCACCCAGACCGACCACUGGUCAUCAAGACAGGCGUGCAGUUCACCAACAAAGUCAGAUUACUUGUGAAGUUCCCUGAGUUGAAUUACCAGUUGAAGAUAAAAGUGUGUAUUGACAAGGAGUCUGGUGACGUGGCUGCUAUUCGAGGGUCGAGAAAGUUCAACAUCCUGGGCACCAACACCAAGGUCAUGAACAUGGAAGAGUCCAACAACGGCAGCCUGUCGGCAGAGUUCAAACACCUGACCCUGAGGGAGCAGAGGUGUGGUAACGGAGGCCGGACCAACAGUGACGCCUCCCUGAUCGUCACCGAGGAGCUCCACCUCAUCACCUUCGAGACGGAGGUCUACCAUCAGGGCCUGAAGAUCGACCUGGAGACCCAUUCCCUACCGGUGGUGGUCAUCUCCAACAUCUGCCAGAUGCCCAAUGCCUGGGCCUCCAUCUUGUGGUACAACAUGCUCACCAACCACCCAAAGAAUGUGAACUUCUUCACCAAGCCCCCGGUCGGUACGUGGGACCAGGUGGCCGAGGUGCUGAGCUGGCAGUUCUCCUCCACCACCAAGAGAGGCCUGACCAUCGAGCAGCUCACCACCCUGGCUGAGAAACUGCUGGGGCCUUGUGUGAACUACUCCGGAUGCCAGAUCACUUGGGCCAAGUUCUGUAAAGAAAACAUGGCUGGGAAAGGCUUCUCCUUCUGGGUGUGGCUGGACAACAUAAUAGACCUGGUGAAGAAGUUCAUCCUGGCUUUGUGGAAUGAAGGGUACAUCUUGGGCUUCAUCAGUAAGGAGAGGGAGAGGGCCAUCUUGAGCCCCAAACCUCCUGGAACCUUCCUGCUGCGCUUCAGUGAGAGCAGCAAAGAGGGAGGCAUCACCUUCACCUGGGUGGAGAAGGACAUCAGCGGGAAGACCCAAAUCCAAUCGGUGGAGCCGUAUACCAAGCAACAGCUCAACAGCAUGUCCUUCGCCGAGAUCAUCAUGGGCUACAAGAUCAUGGAUGCCACCAACAUCCUGGUGUCUCCGCUGGUGUACCUGUUCCCCGAGAUCCCCAAGGAGGAGGCGUUCGGGAAGUACUGCCGCUCUGAGGCCACACCCGAGUCUGACAACGGAGACCCUGUCACCCAGCCAUACUUGAAGACAAAGUUCAUCUGCGUGACCCCUGAGAACAUGACCUGUCUCCGUAGGUGUCCCUCCGUGUUCUUGGACUUUCCGGACAGCGAUCUGCUUGCAAGCGGAUUCCCUGGCACCAACUCAGGAAACACCAGCGACCUGUUUCCCAUGUCCCCACGGACCCUGGACUCCCUCAUGCAUAACGAGGUUGAGCCCAACCCUGGACAGAUGGAGUCUUUAACUCUGGAUAUGGAGUUGAGCUCGGACGUGGCCUCUCCUAUGUAAAGAGAACGUUUGUUAGCGUGACGGAAACCUUUCUGGAAACUUUUCUUUUCUGUUCCAACUGACUUUUGUAUCGUACACGUAUGUGAUUUUAGGCAAGAGUUUUGACUCUGUCUGUGCAACCUUGCAUGGCUACAUACUAUGCUAAUGAUAAAAUUAUAGGUUAUUUCACUAUUACUUUGUUUUUAGGCAUCCACCGGUAGCUCCCAUAUACUUUAGAGUGGUAGAAUAUAAUUCUACCUGUGAGAUUUUUGUUGAGAACUUAUUUUUGGAAAAAAUAUAUUUUUGUUUUCAUAUAGUUUUAAUUUCUUUAAAUAUCCUGAGUUUUUGUUUGUACAAGAAUGUCCAAUCAGGAGGAUUUUGAUUUUCCAAUCACACAGCUUUUCAAAGACAGUUAUUUUUACUUAGCUAUAAUGUUCUCUGUGGCAUUUCAAGGUUGAUCUUUUUGUAGUCCAUUUAUUUGUAUCUGUGUAGUCCACUUGUCUGUAUCUGUAAAUGUGCUAUUCGUGUUUGGGUCUCUAAAUGAUUUAGUUACCAUUGUUCCUGAAUUGCUCUUUAGAACAGUGUAUCACAAAGAAACCCUGAGGUUGUGAGCUAUCUGAUGCAUUAAAUAAGGAGAUAAGGACCGAAGUGACAAACUAAAUUGGCAAAUUUCAGUCGCUUAUAAAGGUCAUUCCUAUGAAAUGAAAGGUUUUCUUUUCUCUUCUUGUGUGAAAACAGACUUCAUCAUUAACUGACCUUUUUAUUCUGUCUCACAUGCAGCAGGUAGAGAGAGUAUUGAAUUUAGAUUCAAAUAUGCAGUGGUGCUGAAGCCACCCACAUGUGUUUCAGUAGUGAAUAGCACUUGCCAUUUUACAUUAAUAACUUUAUAAAAAAAAAAAUUUCCAAGUGCCUGAUAUCUGAUUACAUGAAAUACAACACAUAAAGUAUGAACAAUUACUUUAAAAAGACUUCAUUAUUUUAGAUAUUAUCUUAAAUGUGAACUUGUCUUUUUGUGUUAUUUAAACAAAUCAAUUGUGAGCAGUUUUGAGAUCAAACUCCUUGCCUCAUACUAUUUCACACAUCUAAUCACUUCUGUAAUGAGUUUUGUCUGUACUGUAUGUAAUGGUAAAAAGCUUUCUGUAAAUGAUGCUGUUAUUACUGUCUUAGUUUGAACUAAAAGAUAAUAAAAACAUGAUCACUUCCAACACUUAAAA